AUGGCAGACUUUCUCACCGCCGUCUCGAGCAAGAAGAUCGUCUCCAAGCCAGCAAUUGAGAAGAUUCAGGACUUGAGCAUCCGGGAUGCAGCAACCAUCGACACGCCGCAAGCAGCAUUGCAGGCACUGAGGAGCCAGCCAAGCCAUGGAACAGUCAACAAUGUUAUGAGCUUCCUCAACAGCAGAGGAGUUAGCAUCGUCAUCUCUGAGCCAGUGUAUGCAAGCAUCGCACACGAACUGGUUAGCAACCUCAUACCAAACUUUUGGAGAGUCCUCAAGCAGCAAAAGAGUGACUGGUACCCCCUUAUUGUCGCACUCCGCAAUCCCGCGGGAAUUGGGCACCUGCUUACAAGGCUCCGCACACUUAUCAUGGAGAGUCGGCAAAAGAAAGCCGCAGGGGCGACAGGUAGCGUGCCAGAAUUCAUCGAAGACACCUUGGAAGUACUCGACAGGGUAUUGAGUGGUGUUAGUGUAUCAUAUCAGAUCUACGAACAGAUUCUGGAGUUUGGCAAAAACGACAUACAGAGGAGAUUGUUAUGGAAGGAGUAUCUCGCGCAGGUAGCAUCAGGCCGUGCCUUGUCGACGAGAGCUGAGGCUGAGGAUGUACUGAAAGAAAGAGGAACUGAGAUAUCAUCAUCAAGUGGCAACGAUCUUGCUGAGUGGCUUGGUCAAAAUAUCGACUUCAUGCUGACGGUUGGCGACGAGGACAAGGACCUCAACACAGCUGUGAAUAAGCUCGCCUCCAAGGCACUAACUUUGGGAUACACGGAUCGCCUUGUCGCUGCCAUCCUCGCCAAUUGUAUCGAGGUAGAUCGAGCAACCCGAGUCGCAGCUCUAGUAGGGCGUUUGAAAGCUUCUGAACAGCGAAAGUACAUCAAUGCUGUCAUCACCUAUGUCACCAAGCAAUUCUUUCAGUCUGAGGUUGUCAGCAAAGUUGAUGAACCUAUCGAUCAAUCUCCGACGGUGUCUGGAGUAGCAUGUCUAUUGAACAGCUUCAUGAACAACAACGAAGUGUUGAAGGACCACAUUGUCUCUUCACUUGCGAGAUCUGCAAUUCCUUCCUUGGAUGAUUCACUCGCUACUCGUCGUUCUGUGAUUGCUGCGUUAGCUCAAGAUGAAGAGAAGCUGCAAACCCUAUUCGAGAACUGUAUCAAGACAUUCGGAGACUCUGUCUAUGUCAAGCACACGCCCGUAAUGCAGCAAGAAGCUCUUGCGCAGACAUUAGCGUUAUGCUGCGGUUACGUACAGCGGAUACAACCUAUGUUCAUGACCAUGAUGGCCAAGUCAACGUACCACGUUAACGGCAUGUCCAAUCGCAUUAGGGCAGCAUCACCCCGAGCUCGCUUCCUCGGUGUUGCGGUUGGCACGGCGAUAUCCAAGAUGUUGGACAAGCCUGAGCUUCAGCUGAAGAUCGAGCUUGAAGGGAGUGAAGCAGAGGAGGCGAGAUGGUAUGAGCGACUCGCGAAGGUGGACGACCGGCUUGGAAGCAUCUCGGAUCUCCGGAAGAAGCCAACAAGCAAAGGUUCUAGAAGUCGAUCAACGUCCAAGCCUAAGCCAACGGCAAAAGUUGCGAAAACUCCAACAAUCACUCAGAUCCAAGGACCUCGCGUCAUCGAGGUGCUUUCCAACUCUGAAGAUGAAGAUGCAGACCUGAUGAUUUACAGCAAGCCCGACUCAGACCCAGAAGACUCAGACGAUGACCCCACGGCUAUCAACCGUAACAAGCCCACUGCACCUGUGUACAUUAGGGAACUUACUGCAGGCCUACGAGACCAGGAAAAUUAUGACCGUCACGAGCUUGCUCUCGCUACUGCAGCACCCUUGAUCCGACGCAAGACCAAUUUCGGCACUGAGGUCACAGAUCAUGUUGAAGAGCUUGCCACUACUUUGACUGGGCUACAGAACGGUCUUGAGCUGGAGAACUUUGCGCAGCAAAGGCAACAGGCCUUAAUUGCUGUGCUUCUUGCAAGACCAGCGCAAAUGGCGCAGUGGUUUGCACGUUCAUUCUUCUCAGGCGACUACAGUCUGAUGCAGCGCGUAGCCAUGCUCACGACACUUGGACUUGGGGCGCGCGAGCUUGCUGGCAUGAAGGACUCAUCCACAGAUGAACUGAUCCCGGCAGCGCCAUCAUUCCCUAGCAAGCAACUACCGCCGCAUUUGCAUAAGACGUAUACAGAAGACAAAACCGCAACCCCGGUCUCGAAGCUCACGAGCAGUAUGGCCCGCGCCAUGCUCUCACCCCUUGCCUCGCAAGCAGCCGACACACUAAGCGGGCCUAACGUCCUCAAGGUGCGCACGUUCAGCUCACGCAUGGAAGUCGAAGCUGCGCGCAAGAAGCCCAUCCCGAACGCUCUCGCACAGAUAGUCGCAGACAACUUCUUCUUCCCGCUGACCGGUCGCUGGUGGCUGCAGAUCAGAUCGAGCAGCGACUCGAUCUACGCAUCUACACACCUCCUUCCACCGUUCCUGCAGACCCUGUCGCUGUUGCUGAACGCGUCAGGACCCAACACGCUUUCGCUGCCGCAAAUGACGCGCGAGUAUUGGGAUUUGUUGCUUUCUGUGCGGGGACUAGCAAUUAACGACAAGGCGAUUCUGGGUGCGCUGCUGUUCGGAUUCCUGAUGCUAUUGGAGACGAACGAGAACAAAGAGAGGUUGGCUACGGAGCAGGGCAAGGAGUUGAUGGAAACACAGGCAUGGGUCAAGAUGGUGUUUGAGGGUCUGGGUGCUGGGAGCGAGGAGGACGAAAGGAUCCGGGUGUUGGCUGCUGGUGUCGUGAUACGGUGUCAGGAAGUCGUGGAGAAGUACCAGCGCAGGCUGGCGGGUGCGUUGAUGCAUUAUUGA